AUGCCGCCGCCGCCGCCGCCGCCGCCGCCACCACCACCACCACCACCACCACCACCACCACCACCACCACCACCACCACCACCUACAAACUCUGCUGCAUUCUCGUGUGUUGAAUUUUAAUUGUGUCUUAGUACUGAGAGGAUGGCUCGUUUUGUGCUCCGCGUCUGCCUUAAGAUCUUAAAGACCUGGCUGAGGACCUAAUUGUAGAAUGCACUUUUACAGCCUCCCCCCCCCCCCACCGCCAAUACCCUCGGCUUCAGACAAUGCUGUCUGAUGAAGUCUGUGUCUUGGGCCAGAAAUCUUUCUGUUGGCUAGACCGAAAGCGACGGCAACUCCAGACCCCACUUGUAGUCACGUUGGUCAGAAACCACGGGAUCCGUACCACCUAGACAGAACAUGACUUAACCUUCAUGAGAACCGCCUCUCUUGUAAACUGCAGUGCACUGGGGCGCCUUCAUGCAGCUGUAGGAGAGGUCAGACUAUGGUCGCAGUUCGCUGCGCGGAUUAACAGUGGCGUCUUCUGCCCAGGCGAUGUGGAUGGUACAUCGUCUACCUCAGCCCCUUGUCGUCGUCGUCGUCGUCGUCAUUGUCGUCGAUAUAGCGUAACCACGUGAACAGGCAAACUUUGCCUCAGUUAAGUCCUGCAUCCCCGAAGUGAACAGGACGCAUGAGGACAUAGUUCCCUCCCCAUGUACCUACGAUUAAUUAUAUGUUGACCCGUUAGAGGCCAGCAUUUAAAAGAUCCACUCAAAUUAGUCGUCCAUUCCCGGUGAUUUCACAUUCAGCGUGAGGGGCAGCAAGAGGUACAUGCAUACAGGAGCAAAAACGCUGUCUCUGCGAUCCUGGAAUGUUUAUGACGUUGCUUUCUCAAAUACCGAGCUGGUUCUCCCCGUUAGGACGUCAGCUGCUCUAGGCCACGGCUUGCUGUGUACCAAAAAUAUCUUAAAAGUAUACGGAUCAUUUUAAAAUGUUAAUCAGGAAGGAGUGCCGACAGAAGACAAGAGGGACUGGGUGAAUAGAUAAGCAAAUAUUCGAGGUCCGUUGGUCCCCCGAAGAAGAAGAGGAGGAGGCCAGUUCGUGAACCGACGAUGGGAACGCGGCAGUUUCCAAAAACUUCAGCGCAAAUACAGUUCGGCCCAAGAAUUCUCCUCCUCCUCCUCUUCGACCUAUUAGUUGUAUUCAACCAGUCAUACCCAAUCACAGGUUUCGGUAAUCCAUGAUUCCGACCCAGAUUCUUUGUCCACUGAACGUUCUCAAGUCCGGUGCCCUCCUAUCGGUUUAAGUCGGAGAAUUUUGUGCGCUUCUCACUGCCUUGACAUCCCCGAGUGAACCAGCUGUGGGCCUUAUAAGUCAUGUGGUCUACAUUGAAGUUCAGUGACUGGGAAUAUUUUCCAUGAUAGCCUGCAGAGGGUAAACCCGUGUCUCAACUGGCAGACCAUUAAACUCAAUGCCCAAAUGAACCCAGGUUAAAAUCUCAGGUCUUCUCGCCCUGGGCCUAGGAAGUAACUGAGCGAAAAUGAAAAAUACGUCGAAAAUUGUCAUUUUAACCACCCUGUCGUUGUCGUCAACCCUUUGCGACUGGCGAUUUAUUUGUCGCUGGUUGGUUGGAUGGGAGCACAAGGACGAAGCGCGAAUCACGUCUCCGUUCUUCAAUCCGAUCAGUUCGGUGAGCGUCAGCCCCACGUGACUUUGUCGAAGUUUCCGUUUGCUCUUCACUGCGUUCUGUUGUAACGUGUCUUGUGUUAUAUCCUUCGGCGGACCUUCCAUACUGCCUAUCACCCGUUCAGACCUGCUCUCUCACUUCUAUGCUCGCAUGUCCGGUAAGCGGACCGACCUGUUGUUUUCGACUUACAUGUGAAGAAAAUGGAAGUAGUGAGCUGUUGGAGAGCUGCUCCAUAAUUACACACACACAAGAAGUACACUGAACCUCCUUGGUCAAUACUCAGAUCAGGUGAAGAAACAAGUGGCACACUUAGCGUUAACCACGUAAGCAGACAAGUCUGGCUUGAAAAGAUGUGACGCUAUGUCUAAAAACUGUGAUAAGACGCUAGGCCACUCCAACCAUCGGCCCAGUGGCCCCUCUACGGCUAACAUGUGCCUUUCUGUCAUUCUGAUAGGCAGGCUCAUACCUACCACCGAUUGUCGUUUCUUGGGCGGCGCCGGCCUCGGUGUGCGAUGUCCAUGGCCCCGCUUUGACGAUCGCUUAUCAUUUUCUUGUCGAUUCAUAUGGAAGGGAGGGAGGGGAGAACAAGAGGGAGACAGGUUUGUGGGGUGGAGGAUGGGCGGGUGGUGUAACUUCUUUCACGCCCACACGCACAAAUAAAGUAGCUCCGAGGGAGGGGAGACAUCCUACCCGUCGAUUUCAAUCUUUCCUGCAAAGAGCCUGACCAGGGGGGGGGGGCGGAGGAGAAGGGUAGACAGUUAUAACAUUACCGACAACAUCGCCUCCCGCAGAAGUGUGUUUUGUGUACCGUCACGGUCCUCAAACCUGACUGUGCACAGCCACUGCCACCGGUGUCGCCGUGACCAAACACGACUGCACCGGGACCGGCACACUUAAUGUUUUGCGACUGGUGGGCGCUGACUCAUAAGAUGGCUAGACUGCUGUUCACGGUACCAAUCGGUGUCUCGUACACAGCCUCCUAUUAUUGUACUUUUGUUCGUGUAUGUAAAGUAGCUUUGAAAUGGGUAGGUACUCCGCGCUCAUCAACAAUCUGCCUGACGCAUUACGAAUCUGUCCGGACUAGACCCCUCGAAACAGCUCCGGACGGCUGAGGAAGCUUUGUAACAAACCUGGGACCGUUUACAGCACUUACAGAGUACGCUCUUAUCAAAAUGACAAAAAACGACUUCUCAAGAAGAAGCUUCGCUUCGAAGUUUGAGCUCGAAAAUGGUUUUACACGGAUCACUAUGGCAUAUAAUCGAGAGCGAAGCAAAAUUGCGUAUCUCCACGAGUUGGACAUGUGCUUAAUAAAUUUAUUUUUUUAUAAAUCUUGCCUGAUCAACAUGCGCCAUCGGUUCGUUUUAUAAUCGUUCGCAAAGACGGGAUCUGCUUAGCAAAAUAUUCAGAAAAUUUCCCACCUGUGACGUGCGCCGCUACUACUGUUAUGUCCGAUUUUGAUACUGCGCUCAGGCCCCAGCUGUGAGUCGAUAAGUAGUCACUGGCUCUUCCGCGCCCAACCAGGGAGCCAACUUCGAAUAUUUUUUGAGGAAACACUGAGUAUAUCUCCAUCCGCUACCGUUAUUGUGCAUAUGGAUUGUAAAUAGGGUGCAGGAGGACUUGAGUUAGGGUUAACACUCAAAUUUAUAAUUAGGUUUGGAGUUGGACUUUACGGUCAGGAUUUUAUGACGGUCCGCCCUUUCUGGCACUAGAAGGACCUCCAAAACUCGACAAUCUCUUGAAUAUCAAUCAUACCUCCAAAACGUUCAACUUCAAAUGGAACACACUAAAACUGUAAAUCAGUCACAAUAAGAUCAAAUAGACUUUCUAUCAGUGUACCGAUCAUUAUUGGUAUUUUGUUACCGUGGUAGCAGGUUGGUAGUCCUAAACUCUGCCUGCAAACGGAUUGGCCUGUUCUGGAUAUCCUGCUCCUUUGAAUGCUGCGCUUUCACAAAGACCGUGUAAAAACAAUAAAACCUGCUCCAAUUAUUUUAAAGAUACUCCCCCCCCUUUGCGCGAACAGUCAUUUCUACCUGUCCUAGACCUGAGUAAGCUGUAAGGUCCAGUUUCGUCAGCUUUAUCUUGACCCAAGACUGGUUAGUCGUUGGAGCCCCUCCCUAAUCUUACACCGGAGACCCAGAGCAGAUUCAUCUUGUCUACGUAAAGUCGACUAAGACGGUAGUUGAGAGAACUAUGAGAAGGGGCACGUGUUCCUUACGCUCGAAAACUCCCCUGAGUUUACAUGUAAACCCGAGUCUUAAUGCGAACCGAUCAAUCUUAACUACAGGAGAGAAAUUGAUAUUUUAGCUGCGCCUUUAAAUUGGUGGUCUACGACGGCCAUCGCAGACGCUGGCAUGGUGACUAGCAGUCAACAGUUGAGGAAGGUUUAGCGACAAAGACCAUGUCUAGCUUACUUAAUGUCGUCAGCCAGUGAUAACCAAAUCGCUUGCUGCAUUCUCGGGUCCGAUUACCGAUCGGCAGUCGUCAUGUGACCUCCUGUGUAGACGAUAAUGGGGCCUCGUUUGUCUUAGUCGUUUAUUUUUACUAAUUAGGAAUUUGGACUUGUAUCGAACAGGCGUUCUGAAGUCAUCUCAUGCUCUUCCAUUUCCAUCAGAGAAAGAGUCUCAGAAAGAUAUAUCGCAGGUAGCCAGUUUGUCUGAAAACCACAGUGGGCAAGCAUCCCCGUAAGCUCGAACGACAGCUGUCUGGAAGGCUAUCUGAUAGUUAUUUUUGACCCGCAUUGCCGAGGUUUGUGAACAUCUGCUAUGCCAUGAUCAGCAAACCGUGUCCCUCACAGCCUGGUGUGCGCUGGCAGGUUUCCGGUACCUACUUAUCUGCUGGUAGAUGAGAUUGCGCUCCCGCUGGAUAUACAGACCGCGUGCAUGACUGCUCAGUCACUCGCGUCUUUUCUGUUGUUGUCGUCUUUGCUGUUGUCGUUGCUGGUCAAAAUCCAGGUCAAUUGUUUGUUGUGGACCAGGGGGUGUGGAGUGGAACGCCCAGGUGCGGACUCGGCAGUGCCAUCCACCUGUGCCUUCCCCGUCCCCGAUCUUCUUGACUCAGUCUUGACACCGGACAUAGGUAAGGAGGAGGAGGAGGAGGAGGAGGAGGAGGAGGAGGAAAGGGUCCCAUAG